UAACAAUUUACCCCAGACAAACAACGUCUCGCUUCCAGGGCGCCCCCACAAUCAUCCCAGAUCAAACAUGAACAGGUGUGGUGUACCAGGGGCGGCAUGACAUUGGGCGAUGGCGUCCAUCCAUCCAUGUCCUGACGAGUACGUCGUGUAGAUAAGCUUAUCGCAGGUGUAUGGGUUAUCGUGGAAUUCCGCUUCCAUCCCAAAGUCCAAGUCUAGCUCUUGUCGACUUGACCAGAGGCAGACAUAACAGAACAGGACAUGAGAACUGAUUCCAUGAACGAGAAAUUAAUCGACGCACGCAGUCCGUUACCAACCAAUGAAUCAACUGGUAUAAAGUACAGUAUAAGACCUAUCUUCCGUGAUAGUACAUGUCCCUUGUUCUUUGAACCUUUCCUUUCCUUUCCUUUCCUUUCCUUUCCCAUCUUCCUCUUUCCCAACACAUCCUCCUUCUUCUACAUUUCCAAUUCGACUACCACCCGAUCCACAACGCAGCCGAAAAAAACCGCCUUCUCUUGUUCCCUAGGUCAGCCGAGUACCACAACCGGCCAACCGGCCAACCGGCCAACCCGUCACCCAACCCAGUGCGCCUUGCGCUGCGGACCCGCCGAACUUAUUAGAACCACCCUCUUUGGUAAGGUGAGGCAGCCAAUCUUAUUCACAUCCUCCCGCUCUUCCCCUACUUUGCUCCCGAGCUUUCUCAACUUUUCGCAAACAUGCCUCCUUUGUCCCCUUCUCAACGCAUUUUCCCGGCAACUCUGCCCAUCAUACACCAGGUCUCGAAACUGAAACUGUGCUUGUGUGUCGACCACAGCUUUCCUGUCCUUCCUUCGACUCGCUCC